AUCACUGGGUGGAGCUGAGGAAGCAGGCCUCAGAAAGGAAGCCAGUUUUCCCCCAAAAUUAUUCCCUGAGGCUGCCUCUGGGCCUGUGGAUCCAGAUGUGUGGGGGCCUUCAGGAGUGGCAGGGGAGUGGGGCCUCCAGCGUGAAAACAGAAGCCACCGUCAGCCUCGCAUCCCCAGCUCUGCCUCCCAGGACUGGUGUUUUUGCCUCUGUUUUAAUUUCCUGCUGGGUCCUCCCUUGGACAUUGUCAGGUAUGCAGGCUGGGACAUCCCUUCUUUCCUCCUACAUUCCCCCUAGAGCCCAAGGCUCUGUCCGUGGUCCAGCCACUCCAUGGCAGGGAAGCUGUACCUCCAUAAUCAGCUGCCUGAGGGCCCCUGAUCCACCACCAGGCACCACCCUGGUGGGGCUGAGGUUAGAAGGGAAAGAAUGCCAGAACUCCAGUCCUGGAGGCAGGAGAGUGUGUGAGCCCAGCCCCGCCCUCUCAGACUCUCAGACCUUUAUUUCAUCCUCAUUUUCCUGGCUAGAGGUUCCCUGCAUCAUUUUUUUUUUUUUAAGAUGGAGUCUCACUCUAUUGCCCAGGCUGGAGUGCAGUGGUGCUAUGUCGGCUCACUGAAACCUCUGCCUCUCAGGUUCAAGCAAUUCUCCUGCCUCAGCCUCCCAAGUAGCUGGGAUUACAAGCAUGCACCACCA